AUGCGCCAGAUGAGCGGUGCGCACAGGUGGCAUUCACGCUGCGGGAGGGCCCAGGAAACGUUGGUGGUCCAUUCAAUGGAAUUUUGGACGGUGUCCGUAGAGAUAAAGUUUCGUAUAUCUGAUUGCAACACGAAGCGAAGGGCGCCGAGAGGCAAACUUUUCGGUGUAGCCGCCGGGCUAUUCGGAAACGAGGAGAUCCACUAUAGAGGCGUGCGCAAGAGGCCGUUUGGCAGGUUUGCCGCCAAGAUCCAGGACCCACGGAAGAAAACUCGGGUCUGGUUCAACACUUUCGACUCCGUGGAGGAUGCAUCUCAAGGCCAAGACUAA